AUGAAGACCUUCUUUCUUCUCAUAGCUGUUGUCUUCUUGACCAUCCAGGUCCAGGCUCAGACAACUGAAGAAGAGAUGCUGACUACAGAGGAAGCUGUGACUGAACUCCCUUCCAUGGAAACAGAGGGCUCUGAUAUAAUGGCUUCAGAUCCUCAGCAAAGAAAAGUCAUUGUCUGUUACUGUAGAAGGCUCUGCUUUUUCUUGGAAAGAAAUUCUGGGACAUGCCGGAUUUCGGGUGUAUAUUACCGACUGUGCUGUAGAUAA